ACACUCGACAACAACAUUGACGCCAGUGUCAUGGCGACGUUCGGACUCAGUUUUGAGAGUUCGAGCAGCAUCGAAGAAAGAAAAGAAAGUAAACGACAGGCCCGACAGGAGGCGAUAGAAAAGGCCAAGCAGCAGUAUGAGAAGGAAGAGAAGAGGAAGGAGUUGAAGAGGCAGAGAGGGGAGGACACUUGGAUACUGCCAGAGAUCAACCAAAGGCUGCAGGAGAUAGAGGACGAGGGCUCUGUAAAGACCAAGAAGAAGAAAGAGAAGAAAUCUAAAAAGAAAAAGGAGAAAAAAAAGAAGGCCAAGAAGGAGAAGAAGGCAGCAGAGGCAGGAGAUGGCUCUAAUGACAGCUCAGAGGACUCAGAGGAUGGCUGGGUUGAGGCUCAGCCUCAAACACAAGCUGCUAAAGCCUGGCAGGUUCCAGAUGAGUCCAAGCCUUCAGAGAGCAACAUCAGCCCAGCACAGAAUGCCAAGAGGGACGAAUGGAUGACCUUUGAUUUCCUGGCAAUGCAAACCACGUCGACAGGGGAGAGGAGGGCUGAGAGAGAGCGACUGAAAGAGGAAGAGAAGGCAAAGGUUCAGGCCAUUGAACAGGCUAGUUUGAGCAAAUUGGAGCUAAACCCGUUCUGGAAAGAUGGAGGAAGUGGGCUGCCCCCAGAGGAGUUGGCUGCUACUGCUGCAAAAAAAGGAGGCCCAGUUGUGAAUGAUGCCGGUCUUGGCUGGCUGAGGAAGAGCUACAAAAGGAUGCAGGAGCAGGCAGAGCGGGAGCAGCGCGACCUCAACGAUGUGGUGGCCGAGAGAUACGGAUCAAUGGAGGCUUUUCAACAACGACUUGCAGAAGCUGAGAUAGCUGUGUAUGGACACAGCACAGUAGGAGUAAGAGGAGGAGGAGGAAGAGGAGACAGAGGCGGGUGGAGGAGAGGAGAGGACGAGCCCAGAGAGAGAUGGAGGAGAAGAGAUGGAGAUGGAGAUGGGGCAGAGAGAGAUCGGUGGAGAAGAAACGAAAGGGACAGAGAUUCCUCACCCACUGACAGAGAGAGAUACCGCGUCCGGGGAAGAGGCAGAGACGAAGAGAGGGGUCGAGACAGCGACAGGUUUAGAGGGAGAGAUAGAGAUGGAGAUAUAGAGAGAGCGAGGGAUAGAGGAAGAGACAGAGAUAAUGAGAGAGAUGGAGAUUGGGACAGAGACAAGGACAGAGUCAGAGAUAGGGACAGAGAGAGGGAUGGAGGAAGAGAAAGAGAUGGGGACAGAGAGAGAGAUGGAGGAAGAGAAAGAGAUGGGGACAGAGAGAGGGAUGGAGGAAGAGAAAGAGAUGGGGACAGAGACAGAGAGAGAGAGAGAGAUAGGGAUAGCGAAAGACGUAGAGAAAGAGAUAGGCCUAGUGCUGAAUCAUCAUCUGGGCAAAACUGGAAUCAACGUUCUUCCUCUCUUGGGUCACUUAAAAGCCGUUUCCUCAAACCCUCAGAGGAUGAUGACAGUGGUGAAGAGCAUCGUCCUCCUCCAGCGCGGCCAUCAACAGGAUUCCUGAAACCCAGCUCUGAUGAUGAAGACUCUGGUCCACGUAGUGCCAGCAUUCAAGCCUGGAAGAAGAGCAGCAACGUGGCCCGUAAAGAAGAGGAGAAAGAGGAGGACCCUGGGAAAACCGUAACUGCCCCACAAGAGAGUCUGUGUGACAAUAAAGCCGCUGCAACGAUAUCAAGAAGUGAGAGUAACAGUGAGGAAGAAGAGGAGGAAGAGGAGGAGCUUCCACUGCUGUCAGAGGAGGAGAUGAACAGACUGGGAGCCAAACUGGUGAAGGCAGAGAUUAUGGGCAACGAGGCCAUGGUUCAGAAAUUGAAAUCACAGCUGGAAGCAGCACAUAAAGCCAAAGAGAGCUACGCCGCCCGAAAGGAGCUACAAGCUACAACAGCUAAAUCAAAGCAGGUCACAGGUCGCUCCAGUGAAGACCAAGAAGUCCUGCUGUUUAGAACAGACCAAUCAGGUCGCGCCUGGCCAGUCAACGCUCCCUCUGGGUCCCAGGAGCCGCACGGAGGACGACGCAAGAAGAAAGCGAUUGAGACUCAUGUUGAUGGGGAGCGUGUGCGCUACUUCCAGGAUGAUGACAACGUGGGUCUGAAGGAGAUGGUGAGGAGAGAGAAGAUGGGCUCUGCACAGGAUCAGAACGCUCUCUACUCCCGCAUGGCUGCCAAGAUGAUGGGAAAGACGGACGGUGACAACUACACGCUGGAUGACAUGUUUGUGUCGAGUGCAGCGCAGAGGGAGGGUGAGGGGAGGGAGGAGGAGAGGAUGAGGAGCAAAGCCAUCGAGGAGAGCAGGAGGCUGGCUGCCUCCAUGGAGAAAUGCCAGCACUGCUUCAACAGCCAAGACCUCCAGAAGCACCUCAUAGUGGCAAUAGGCCGCAAGGUGUACCUGAGCCUGCCUGCCGGAGUGUCGAUGUCAGAGGGUCACUGUCACAUCUGUCCUCUGCAGCAUCACUGCUCUGCCACCGGACUGGAUGAGGACAUCUGGUCAGAAAUGCAGCUCUUCCGGCGUACCUUGGUGCGAAUGUUUGAGUCCCAGGAGCUGGACUGUGUGUUCAUGGAAACACACAUGAAUCUACGCAGAAGACAACACAUGGUGCUGGAAUGUAUCCCACUACCCAAAGAACUGGGUGAUAUGGCACCCAUAUACUUUAAGAAAGCCAUCAUGGAGUGUGACGAGGAGUGGGCCAUGAACAAGAAGGUCGUCGACCUCUCUUCCAAAGACGUCCGCCGUGCAGUUCCUCGAGGUCUGCCCUACUUUGCCGUAGACUUUGGACUCCAGGGAGGAUUCGCUCAUGUUAUUGAAAAUGAACAGAAGUUUCCUCAUUACUUCGGCAAGGAAGUGGUAGGAGGCAUGAUGGACUUGGAGCCCCGACGUUGGAGGAAGUUGAUCAGAGAGAACUUUGAUGACCAGAGAAAAAAAGUCCUCCAGUUUGCACAGUGGUGGAAACCGUACGACUGCACCAAGACUGAAGGCUAGCUGGACACACCCAGAACAAGGUGUGCACUUUGCUGAGGAGUGAAGAUCACACACACACACACACGCACACACACACACACACACACAAAAACACAAACACACUGCAGGGCAGAUACUGUUUCACUUACGAAUUCAGAAUUUUAUGUGAAAUUCCUUUUAGAAGUUAUGAUGUGAUUUUUUUUUUUACUCAAAUAAAAAUAAAUAAAGCGACUUUAAAUGAA